AAGGCUGGAGAAACUAAGAGCGCCCGUAUCGCCUUCACUGUUUGUUAUAGGAAUGUACUAUUCUUGUCUUGCCUUCUCGGCAUCAGCUCUGAAACGGUAUCUCGAAGGCUAUAUUUCCCUUGGUUCCCCACGGCUGGAUCUAGAGUCGUGCGCUCCCCUUGUGGACGCUCUUCUCAUUUCUCUCCAACUUUUGCCAUUUCAGGAGCCAGAUCAUGAUACCAGUGAGAUGCGAAGUGUAGUUACGGGAGAAAGUGCCGAUGGGGGCUUUUCAGAGCACAAUUUGCACAGUGUAAUGUGUUGGGCCGACCAUCAAGAUUCAACAGAAUCCGUUGGGCCGUAUUUGUCGUUGCUCGCAAGAUUACGGAGCGACAGAGCAUUACAAGAUAUAUGGAAUCGAACGACGAAAAGAUUACACCCUGAUUCACCUCACUCUUUCCAGCCGGCUUAUGGCUGUGUGAAAGCUCUUAUUGAUGUUGGAAGCCAUAGAAAGGCUGUAACUUAUCUAAGACAGAUAUCAAAAUGCGUCAAUGGUAACCUUCCAGGUCUAUCUGACUUCGAGGGUUUGGGAAGUCUCCUCACAGCCGAACGUGUGGCCCAUGCAAUUCCGCAGCUUGCGGGGAAGGAAUACCUUAGCAUCCUUGAAGCUCAACUAGAAGAUAUGGAGAAGAGACUCGGAAUCACUUGGAAUAGACAGAAAUCGGUCCAUACUAGCAUCUCUAAUCCGCUCUACAUCAGUUCCAAACAACCGCUCCUGACAAUCGAUGGCGAUAGUGCGGGGUAUGAUAGCAGCAUGCGCCUAAUCGCGGAGAUUGAAGCACUCGGAUGCUCAAAAUCGAUGCUGGAGCUAGGAAGGGUCGCUAACUUGCUGGACGAAUUUGAAGGGGAUCAGAUUCGCGUCCUCUUGCCGUAUGAGGAUGCUGUACCUUAUGAAUUUGCUUGGUUUCCUCAGCGAUCUCCGAUUGAAUUGCCAAACGGCUCUCUGCCUGUGGGAAAUUCCCAGUUUGAAGCGUGGUCACCCUCUACUUUGGGAUUACUUCGAGUCAGACCACACAGACAUGGGGUAUCUCUAGUGACGGAAUGUUGCCUACAUUUGAUGCAGCUUGGCUACCUGGUCGCGAGACCCAAACCGGCCCAAGGGACUUCCUCAGAAGCGGCCCAAAGCUGGGAAGAGACAGGCCACAUCGUGACUUGGGACCGUGCUUUUGGUCGAUUCCUUGCCGUUUUUGUGGGGAAAAGCCGUGGAGCUCUAGAUGCUGAGAAACAGUGGAUCGUUCCAAACCCAUCGUUUGGCCUCGAUGCAGUUCUGAGGAUCUCACCUGGAAAUGGUUUACCGGAACAGAAGGACAUUAAUCUCCCAUUUGGAUAUUCUUAUCCAAUGUACUGUGUGAAUGCAGACCCAGGGCCAGAUCUCGUAUUCGAAACGGGCUAAUCCCACGCAUUCGUCCGUACUUGAUAGAAUGCCAUAUGAGACACCCUGGGAUGUGAGAAACGCACAGGCCUCGAAUACAGCCCCAUAGACCGUCCAAGAUUUGGAAAGUAAUGGACUAGUGAACCCAAUCUCAGCCAGCCAGGAAGUGGCGACUUAGAUCUCCUGCGAGGCUGCGGCAUCUGCGGGCGCAGUUAGGAUUGCGGCUGGGUAACCGCACAGAGCGCCGUGGAAAUAUCCUGACUUUUCUACUCGUUCUGAGGGUUACAGAGUGGAUAAGACAUGCGAAUUUUCGGGCCGGACAAUCUCGGCCCAUUCGGAUCUCCUUACCUGUAAUGGCCUUAGGGAUAUCUGCCUUCUCGACCUCUUUUUCUUUUCUUUUAUUUUCUUUUUUUCCGUAAUGAUACCCUGGGCCUUCUGAUGUCGACAAGUGCAUUGACUCU